AUGGAGACCUUACGACGGCAAACCGUCUCCGUUGGCCAUGGCGCCUUCUCUACUUUGAUUCCAGAGACCUUACACUCCUUCUCCAAGGCCAAGGCCCGGACCAACGAACCUCCGCAUCGGGUUGGAAUCCCUGAACCGGGACCCUUUGGGCCUCGUGACCCAACCGCCUCGGCUGCCCAUCACGGCCAAACCACUUCCUCGACUUCCUCGACUCCCACGCUGUGCGAUGAACACCUGGGCGAGACUGCGGCUCAAGGCGAUAUCGACACGCAAGCCGCCUAUGCCGCUCCUUCGGUGCGCCAAGAUGGCACGCUAAACAUCUUGGAGCGGAGCGAGGGGGCGGCCUCCGGUUUUCUGAUUCAACUUGGGAAUCUCCUCCUCUGCCAGUACAUCGUCUCCGCCGUCGUGUCCGUCUUACGGACAUCCCUCGCCUGGGAUCUCCUGGUGAACUUGGCGACCAAGGCCUUGUCUAUUAGGGCUUGUUUCCUACACCCUCGGCGGGUGAGGGAGGCAGAGUCGCCGGCGGUCAAGCUUGGCCGCGUAAAAGAUGCACCCUCGGAUGGGCUCUCAGCAGCCUCGGGCCACCCUCAGUUGUCGGACGUCGACUUUUCCGCUAGUCAGGGCAUCCGUUCGAGACCGGCAGGCCGCGGUAACGGUGGUCAAUACCAUGACACGCGUGUACAUCAGAGGCCUACCCGCCCGGCGAGCAACGCGGCGCACCGCAGUCAACAAAGCGAGCCCCAUGGAGGGGAUGACGGCGACGGCGACGACGAAGACGACGACAACGAUGAAGACGACGACGACGAUGAAGACGACGACGACGAUGAAGACGACGACGACGAUGAAGACGACGACGACGACGACGACGAUGAAGACGACGAUGACCAAGAUGAACCUGGCGGUGCCAUGCUGGUUGACGGAGGAGGUGAAGCAAAUCAAAAGCGUAACCUGGCCUGUCCGUUUAGCAUAAGACAUUCAGCCGAAUUCCUCGAGGAUAUUUGUCUUGUUACCCCGACGGAUCGGUACGACGUAUCGCGGAUCAGGGAGCUAGCGAAGUUGAUCCCUAUAGCCGCCAUUCGCAAGGAUCUCAUCAACCGGCUCAGGGCGGUUUUGAUGGGCAGCGGAGAACAAGACGUGGACGUGGAUAAGUUGCCCGAGUUGUUGUCACGCCUCCAAGCUCGCCGCCAAGCCUUACAGCGUGCGGCGCGCGAUCAGCCUGCGGCGCACGAUCCGGGUGUGCCUCAGCAUCUAGUUACAGCUUCGGCACAGGAGGACGUGGAUAUGUUGCCCAAUUUGCUGGCACGCCCCCAAGACUUACAGCCUGCGGCGCACGAUCCGGGUGUGCCUCAGCAUCUAGUUACAGCUUCGGCACAGGAGGACGUGGAUAUGUUGUCCGAUUUGCUGACACACCCCCAAGACUCACAGCCUGCGGCUCACGAUCAGAGCGUGCUUCAGCAUCAAAUUACAGCUUCGGGAUACUAUUGGCAGCAGGGAGUACACCAGGACCAAGCUAUUAUGCCGGCUGGGCUGCCGACUUGGCACGCCGAGCCGACGCUGCAGGUGCAAACCCUGUCACAGGAGCAACACCCCACGAGCGAAGGGGGUCCGGGUUGGCCGCAGCCCCAGAAUCCUAGGUUUGGGUUGCCCGGCGAGAAUUUCGGGGUCCCGGCAACGUAUCCACACCCCGGCUCAACGUCGGACUGUACCUCGGAGCGGAGCGGGUGGCUGGACACGGAGGCCCAAACCGCCUCCACUCUGCGGACGUCGGUCCCCUCGGAGCAGAUUCACCCCGAGCCAUUGUUGAGUUACGAAUAUCAACAUUUGGCGCCGGACCAGAUGUGUGAGCCCCACGGGACUGAAUGGUUCGAAGGGACCCUGCCACCGGUUGGCAGUGAUAGACACUUCGGUGGUGACUCCUCUGCCGGGUUGCAGCAAAAUUUUAAUCUCUAUGGGAGUGACGCCUAUCUCCUAGAUUCCAACCCCUCAGACUCGGACUCGCCAAGAAUGGUGUCCUGA